CGGCCGCUUGGCCUCCAUUUUCUUUCUUCUUCUUCUUCUUCUUCUUCUUCACUUCUUCGGCUUCCGCCCACGAUGAGCUGCCGCGCCAUUGCCCCCCAUCGAUGGUGGAUGUCUGAAAGCAGGGGCUUUGGGGGCCCUUUGGGGACCCUCAAAGGCCAGAAGGCCUGGUGCCAGAUGUUUCUUCAGGUUGCAGCCAGCCAUCUACAGGCCUCCAAGGGGCUGCAAGAUGAGAAAAUGAGCAGGGUGGAGUUGACUAAUGUGUUGGAGGAAGCUGUUGUGCAGCGGGAAGGACCUCUCGUGACUUUGAACAAGCCCCAGGGCCUGGCAGUUAUAGGGAAAGCAGGGGACGUGACAGUGCAUUCAGUCCUGCCAGAGCUGAGCCAGCGCCUGGGGUUUGACCAGCCACUUGAAGUGGUCAAAGCUGCUGAGAAGGAGAGCUCUGGUCUUGUCCUCCUGUCUGGCUGUCCCAAGACUUCAGAGAACCUCAGGAGCUACUUCAUCUGGUCCCAGAGAGCCAAGAGACCUGCAGUUACAUACCGUGCCAUUACCGUUGGUAUUCCAAAUCCUUCUGAAGGUGAAGUCAAAACUGCACUAAAGCUGGAGCAAAAAUGGGGACAGAAGUGGUUGUUACCGGCGGAGGAUUCAUUGUGCCGGAAUCAAGACGACACUAAAACUACAAUGAGCUGGUACCGUGUGUUGGACUCCAAAAGGGACUGUGCCCUGGUACAGCUUCAACCACUGUCAGCGUUCAGUGGCCAGCUCCUGGUGCACAUGAUGCUGAAGCUAUGCCCGGUGCUGGGCGACCAUAAGUACUCUGCAUUUGUGGGCACCGCUUUGGGCCAACGUUUCCUAUUGUCACCGAACGUCAUGCCCCAGAAACAGCAUCAGGUGCUGGAUGAGCAUUUGCUCCACCGCCUCCACUUCACUCAGCAGCAGAUGUCACUCGUACCCCUCCACCUCCACCUCCACCAACUUCUCCUCCCAAAGAAAGGUUUAAAGCCCGGUCACAAUGUGCUCACGGCCCCUCCCCCGCCAUUCUUCGUGCAGACUCUGGAGCGGCUGCAGCUUAGGUUUUAAGAGCAUAAAAAAGGGACGAUGCCUAGUUUUUGUUUGGUUGGUUGUUUUUCUGCGGGGGGAGGGGACGCUCUCUGACGUAUCACCGGAUGAUCUGUGGGUCGGAAGAGGUGGCUGCCCUUCUGGGUAUCCAGCCUUAUCGUUUGACUGUACUCUUUUUGAGAGCAGGGACAGGUGACUUGCUGCUGUUGUAUUCAGUUUGUGCUCCCUCAAUAAAUCCCCUUGAGAGGUA